CAGCAAAGGGAGUGUAUACACUGGGGGAUGCAUCACGUUGGAAACUAAAGAUUGAAGAAGAUGAAAAGGUGUUUCGAAGGUAUCGGGCUGCAAUGCUUUCUUAAGGAUGGGCCAAUGGCGGCCACACAAAGCCAAAAGUACCUCCUGGUCUUUGACUUUGAUGAGACCAUUGUAAAUGAGAAUAGUGAUGAUUCUGUCGUCCAGGCUGCUCCUGAGAAAAAGCUGCCAGAGUCCAUACGCCAAACCUUCCGGGAAGGCUUCUACAAUGAGUACAUGCAGCGGGUUUUGAAAUAUCUGGGGGAUCAAGGGGUAAAGAUGGCCGACUUCAAAGCAGUCUAUGAAAAGAUUCCCUUCUCUCCUGGCAUGCAGGAGCUCUUCCAGUUCCUCUCUAAGCACCAGAACCGCUUUGAGAUUAUCCUCAUCUCUGAUGCCAACAUGUUCGGCAUUGAAUGUUCUUUGAAGGCCGCAGGGGUUUACUCCCUCUUCCGUAAAGUAUUCAGUAACCCUUCUAGUUUUGACAAGACAGGCUACUUCAUCUUGGGCCCUUACCAUUCACACAACUGCCCACGGUGCCCUUCAAAUAUGUGCAAACAGAAGAUCCUGACUGAAUACCUGGAAGAAAGAGCUCAGGAGGGAAACAAAUUUGAGAGAAUCUUCUAUGUGGGAGAUGGAGCCAAUGACUUCUGCCCUUCCAUGGCAAUGAAGUCCAGUGAUGUUGCCUUCCCAAGGAAGAGCUAUCCCAUGCAUCAGCUCAUCCAGGAAAUAGAGAAAAACCAAUCUGGGGCUUACCGGGCUACUGUAGUCCCUUGGGACUCUGCCAUAGAGGUUUGUUCCCACCUCCAAGAAGUUCUCAAGGAAACAUCCUGAGGGAAAGACUUGGCAGAAGCAGCAAUUCUCCUUGAUUUAUCUGGCAUAUAGUGUGGAAAGAUCUCAGCAAUUAACCUUGCACUGCCUCAUGCUUGGCUUCUGCUCUGUUUCCCCCUCCCUCUCCCUUUCUCUCAUUGUGCACAGUCUGUCUCUGGAUCUCCCCUUCUUUUGAUCUCGAAAUAAGGGCUCUCUAUGCAGUUUGGCAGUCCAUUCCAGGAAGGGUGGGUGGGUGCCUGCCGCCUCAUAUGCUUUGCUUGCCUAUGAAGAAAAUGCUACUGCAUUUCUAAAAAAUUGCUUAUCCAUUUUGGGGAUACAGAAAAGGCUUAUCUCUGCUACCAAAGCAUAUAGAAGCAGUCAUGGGUCCUGCCUCAUUGAAGAUGACAAUAAAGUCAUCUGCUGUAGAUCUAAAUGGGGCAGAAUUAUGUGUCUGCUAGAUCAGGUUUUGUUUAAUCUAUGAUUUACCUACUCAGCCCGGUUCGGCUGAGGUCAUAUACUAUUAAGCCAUAAACCACGGUUCACAAACCACAGUGGCUGGAUUCACACAUCAAAACAAAGCAAGUGAAAUGUAAAAUAAACUCUUUAUCUAUAUCUUCAAAAACUAUGCUCAAAAGGUAAAAAAAAUACUACAAGGUAAUUUAAAUGUAUCAUUGUUGCUGGGCAGGACAUAAUCAUCUAAUUGACCCCAAAAUACUGAUUUCUUUAAGGGCUCAUUUUAUUGCUGAGAUCAAUGCUCAAUGGAUAUACUUCCUCAAUCUGCUGCUCUCCAAAUGUUUGGCUUCCAUAAUUCUCAGUCAACAUAGCCAAUAACUAGGGAUUUCAAGAGCUAAACAUGUGCUGGACAUUGUACUUCCUUUUAAGGUGCCAGACUGGCACAGUGACUUUUUAGCCAAGCAAAUUGUAAGAGAAAACAAGAGAAAACUCUUGCUAUAGUAGCAUGUUGAUCAGUCACCUAGAAGGAGAGGUCUCCAACCUUGCAACUUUAAGGAGAUCUCAGCAAAGCUGGCUGAGGAAUUCUGGGAGUUGGUCCACAAGUCUUAAAAUUGCCGUGGUUGGAGACCCCGGACCUAGAACACAGGUCCCCAACCUUCAGCUGCAGCCUACUACCAGGCCUUGAGGCUUUCGGAACUGGGCUGCGGAAGUAGUGGGGGAGUGUGGAAUCCUCCCCCUCCCUCUCCCUCCACUGCCACUCAGCAAAGCUGAAAAGGUUGGGGGAACUCUGAUCUAGAAGAGCCUCAAGGAAGCAUAUCAGCUGUUCCAAAAGAAACAGCUUCCUAAAUGAGGCAUGUGGUGCUGCCUAUUUGAUGUAUUGAAACAAGAAAAAGAAGUAUUUUAGAUGUGUAGAGCAGGGGUCUGAGUGAGGAAUUCUGGUAGUUGAAGCCCACAAGUUACAAAGUUGCCAAGAUUGGAGACCCCUGGUGUCGGGAACAUGUUAAAAACAAUUAUUGGUGAUGAUAAUCGAUGUACAGCAUGGCCCUUCAAAUGUUGCUAUGCUACACCUUAUGAUGGGCUUGUUAGUUGGGGUUGCUUGCAGUUAUAAUUCAGCAGUAACUGGAUAACCACAAUUCCUGAUCCCUGACUUUAGAAAUGUAGAAAGUAGGAGACUACAAGAAACGACAUGAAAAAAAUCUGCUAUUUCUAUAUGUAUUUCCCAUUCAUCCAUAAUUAUCCUCUAAUUUCAGAUCUAACUUUGGACUUCUUUUUCUCUGUUCUAUUCAAAUAAUACUGCAUAUGCUCCCUGAUAAAUUGGAGGCAGAGGGAGGAAGAGAAAUGGUCUUCUGGAGAAAAUAAUUCACUCACUUCCCAGCUUGUUAACAAGAUGUCCAGGCUGAAUGAUGGUGCUACAUCAUGGCUUCCUAAAAAUGAUUCAGGGAGCUUUAUAAGAGUGAAUAUGUUAACUAUGCUAAACUCUAUAUUUCAUGUUUUGCUCAGGAAAAGGAACACAAUCAAUAUGAGAUUAGUGACAUUACGGAGCUAUGGGAUCAAGAUUAGAAAGAGAAGUCAGUGGCACAUGUUCAUCCAGACAAACUACAGUCAUAACACUGCCACAACAGAACACACAACAGUUAUGCACUAAAUUACAACAGUUGACACAACCACAAGACACCUAGAUUAUGCCUUUUCUCUGUGCAACACUGGAACAGGUUUCCACUGAAUUUGUUACUUAGAUACACGUUUAUUGCUGCCAGAAUAAUUUCCAUUUAUUAAAAUUGAGCAUUUGACUUUUCUCUCCCAAGGUGUUGUACCCCAAAACUCCAGCAUGGACUUCUCCUUGGCUUGAAAUGUGCUUGCCAUCUCGGAUUCCAUAACCAAACCAGCAGACUGUCUGCCCAUAUCUUCUUUUAAAAUGUUUAUUUGUAAUCCUCUCUUGGUCUGUAUUCUCUGCAAAUAUUCCAUAUUCUUUUGGGUUGUAUUCCUUUCUGCUUGUUAUUUUUGGAAUUUAAAGCCAUGGCAACUCUUUUAUAAGCACACACACACACACAUCCUACAAGAAAUACCUAGCUAAUAUUUAAAUGUUAAGUUAUCUUUUGUAUACUCAGCUGACACAAAUUGCUUAUAAAAUAUAUUCAAAUAUCUA